AUGGCUCUACGAGUUCAAUUCGAGAACAAUAAUGAAAUAGGAGUUUUUUCAAAACUUACAAAUGCUUAUUGCCUUGUAGGCAUUGGUGGUUCAGAAAAUUUUUACAGUACUUUCGAAGGAGAAUUACGUGAAACCAUACCAGUAGUACAUGCAUCACUGGCUGGAUGUCGAAUAAUUGGUAGGAUGUGUGUUGGAAACAAAAAUGGCCUAUUAGUACCAAGUUCUACAUUUGAUACAGAACUUCAGCAUAUUCGUAAUUCUCUCCCAGAUUCUGUCAAAAUACAGAGGGUAGAGGAAAGGUUAUCAGCCCUAGGAAAUGUGAUAGCUUGCAAUGAUUAUGUGGCACUGGUACACCCAGAUUUAGAUAGGGAAACAGAAGAAAUCAUAGCUGAUACAUUGAAAGUUGAAGUAUUCAGGCAGACAAUAGCCAGUAAUGUAUUGGUGGGAUCAUAUUGUGUUCUGAGUAACCAGGGUGGUUUGGUUCACCCAAACACAAGCAUUGUGGAUCAAGAGGAAUUGUCAUCUUUACUACAAGUUCCAUUAGUGGCUGGUACAAUCAAUAGAGGUAGUGAAGUGGUUGGAGCAGGGCUAGUAGUAAAUGAUUGGUGUGCAUUUGCUGGCAUGGAUACUACAUCUACAGAAUUCACAGUUAUUGAGUCUGUAUUCAGGCUGAAUGAAUCUGCCCCAUCAAAUAUCACAUCAAAAAUGAGAGCAAGUCUUAUUGAAAGGUAUUUU